AUGCUUCCCCCAAGCUCGACUAUCCUACUGGCUUCGUUGCUGGCGGCUCUGCCUGUCAAUGGCGACGGGCUCUACACGAAAAAUUCGCCGGUGCUCCAGCUCAACCAGAAGACAUAUGGCUCUCUCAUUGCGAACUCAAAUUACACCUCGAUCGUCGAAUUUUAUGCCCCGUGGUGUGGGCAUUGCCAGAGCCUGAAACCAGCCUAUGAGAAAGCCGCCCAGAACCUGAAUGGGCUGGCGAAGGUCGCCGCGGUCAACUGCGAUGAAGAGGAGAACAAGCCCUUCUGCGGCCAGAUGGGCGUCCAGGGUUUCCCAACCCUGAAGAUCAUGACACCUGGCAAGAAGCCCGGAAAGCCGCGCGUGGAAGACUAUCAAGGUGCACGCAGCGCCAAAGCCAUCGUCGAUGCGGUUGUAGACCGCAUCCCCAACCAUGUGAAACGCGCCACCGACAAGGACUUGGACAAAUGGCUGGGACAGAACGGAGAUCAGGCCAAGGCCAUUCUGUUCACGGAAAAGGGAACUACCAGCACGUUGAUCCGCGCGUUGGCCAUCGACUUCCUCGGUGCCAUUGAUGUCGCCCAGGUUCGCAACAAGGAGGCCGCAUCGGUGGAGAAAUUCGGCGUCUCGAAGUUCCCAACCCUGGUUGUGAUUCCUGGGGGCAACAAAGACCCUGAGAUUUACGAGGGUGAGCUUAAGAAGCUGCCCAUCGUUGAAUUCAUGAGCCAGUUUGCCUCGCCCAACCCAGAUGCGAACGGAAAGGCUGCGUCGCCUUCUACCAAGCCGAAGACCAAGCCCAAGGCCUCCAAGCCCGCCUCCAAACCGACUUCUGUUCCUGAUGAGGAUGCACCAACCGACUCGAGUGAUGAUUCUGACUCCAAAUCCGCUCAGGUUCCCGUCCCUGUUCCUCCUAUUUCAACCCUUGCUACCCCCGAAUCGCUCGAGUCUGCCUGUCUAGCUUCGAAGUCCAAUACCUGUUUACUGGCUCUCCUCCCGAAGAUAAAUGAACCAGACGCCCCUCUUACCCCUGCGGCUGCUGAUGCGCUCGCCAGCUUGGCUGAGAUUGCGCACAGGCAUUUUCAGCGUGGGACUCAUCUCUUCCCAAUGUAUGGUGUGCCUGAGAUCAACGUCGCCUCUCAGACUCUCCGGACUGCACUAGGUCUGGAAGGCAGCGAGGUCGUGGAGAUCAUCGCUGUCAACGCACGCCGUGGAUGGUGGCGUCGGUAUGGAAAUACCGAGGACUUUGGCGUCGGUGCUAUUGAGGGCUGGGUGGACGCCAUCCGUAUGGGAGAGGGUGCAAAGGAGAAGCUUCCUGGUGGGCUUGUUGGUCAAUCAAAGGCUGAAACGCCAAUGGAAGAAGCAGAGCAUGAUGAGCUGUAA